AUAAUUGUCACGACGUCACUGUCCAAUCCUAAUGUUUUUGUUAAGUUUCAUCAAUUAGGAAAAUCGUAAUUUUAAAAAUAAGUAGUUCUUGAUAAAUUCUGUCUUUAUAUAAUAUACUUUGUAAUAUAACAUCUCAAAAUGGGUAAAGGAUUCAAUAAUUACAUGUGUAAAAAGUUCUUCCAUCCUGCAUCCAGGGACAAUCUGAAGAGGGUAUGGAUGGCAGAACAAAAAGCUGAUGCAUACAAAAAGAAGCAGGAAGAACUAAGACAGCAAUAUGAAAAGGAACAAGAUCUACAUGAUAAUAAGGCAAUGCUGAGUAAAGAAAGCAAAGAUAAACUAGCUGUUAAUUUCAUGUAUGAACCACCACCAGGGGCGCGUAAAGAAAGAGAAAAGGAGGAUGAUGAACCUGAAUACAAAUUUGAGUGGCAAAGAAAAUAUAAUGCUCCCAGAGAAAGCUACUGUAAAGGAGAUCAAGAAAUUAGGGACCAGCCUUUUGGAAUACAAGUCAGAAAUGUUAGAUGCAUCAAGUGUCAUAAGUGGGGGCAUAUUAACACAGACAAAGAGUGUCCCAUGUACAGCUUGUCUAUGAGUGCUGCCAGGUCUGUGGAAAAUGCCGCAUUUUUAGAUCAAAAAUCUCUAGUAGCUCAAAUGUUAGACGAUGGCUUGGCAUUGAAAAAACAACACGUUAAUUCAGUUGAAGCAAACAAACAUUUAUUGGUUAGUGAAGACGAAGAUGAAAAUGAAGAAACAAAAUUUUUAAAGUCAUUGACGAAGAAGCAGAAGAAAGCGUUGUUAAAAAAACUUGAAAAAAUUGAAAAGCAGGAACGCAAAGCAGAGAAAGAAAAGGAUAAAAAGAAGAAACAUAACAGCAGUGAUGAUGACAGUGACGAAGAGAGGAGUGAAAAUAGAAAAUCAAAAACUAAUAAAAAUGGUUUAAAAAUGAAGGCCGAGAGGCGUGAUGAUGAUAAUAAUAGGAGAUACAACAGAGACAGAAGAUCCAGAUCAAGAAGCCCCGAUAACAGAAGAAAUAGAAAGGAAGAGGUAUAUUCCAGAAGGGAGGAUAGAGGAGAUAGAAAGAGAAGAUCUAGUAGUGAGGAUAGAUAUGGUUCAAAGAAACGCAGAUAUUAACUUUUAUAUUUUAUAAUCAGCUACAUAUUUUAAAAGUUAUAUAUUGUUAAGAAAAUCAUGAUCUUUUAUUAUUAUUUAAAGAAUGUAAUUAAAGAAAGUAAUAUGGUA